AUUCUCGAAGAACUGAACUAUACUAUUCAUCUUGACAACUGUGGCCGAGGAUGACUCGGCAAACGCCGAGCCACCACGUGUCCCCCUUGGAGGGCUUCUAGGCUCCUUUGACUUUCCAUCUACAGUCAGUUCGGUGGAUCCUCCGGGAAUCUUCUCUCUUCCUCUUCGUCUUCUUUUCCCUCUCUCUGUGUCGUGCGAAGGUGCUCCAACAGCAGCAGUUCGUGUCACUGAACAGAUGGAAUCCCUAUCCGACCGAAACCUGGACCUCAUCAACGUCGCCAUCCACCGAUUGAUGGAGGAGAGAAAGUCGGGUCAUGAUAAAGACCCGUCUCUCGGACCCGAGUCCGAUGAUGAUCACCUUCUCCUCUCCAAACUCCUCUCUCAGGUGGAAACUCUGAAAGGAGAGUCUGCAGCCAUUCCGGCCGAUGAGCCAUCUCCGGAGACUAAGGAUGCGAGCUCUAGGGCGAGCAUUUUGGGCAUGAACACUGAAGAUUCGGGUGGAAAACCCAAAGGGACGAGAGAGGUUGAGACGGAUGAGAUAGUGAAGGAGCUGAAACAAGUGAAGAGGCAGAACACAAUUACUCACUGGCUCCUAUCCAUCAUGAUCGUGCUCACGCUAACUUGGCAAGUCUCUGAGGUGUCUUUGGUCUUGAAGUUAAAAGACGGUAUAAGCCACCCGUUUCGGUCCGUCGGGAGUAUGCUCACUGGGAUGUUCAAGGGCAGCCGUGCAAACGGGAGAAAUGGGGAUGACUCGAGCAUGCUCACUGGGAUGUUCAAAGGCGGCCCUGAGAAUGGGAGGAAUGGGGACGACUCUCCGGGAUCGAACCAGAGCCAGAUUCUACCGAUUCCUGCAAUGAUUCCUGUCGGAGCUUCCCAAGUUUGACAUCAUAGACAAUGGUUCGAAUGGCGAACACAGCAAUUGAAAUUCACGAUAGGAUGUUUCCAUAACGUUGGUUUUAUUUGAAGGGAAAAGCUGUUUGGGGAAGGACCAAGUUUGAUAUUCUUUUGGACAUGUAGUUUUACUUAAGAUUCCAUCAUCAUUUCGAAAGACAUUGCAGACCUUGCAGUGCAAUAUUGAAAUUUUCUCGUGGUUAGGUUGGGGACUUUUGUGUUGCGUGAUCCUC